UCUCACAGAGUCCGUGCUCUCUGAAGCAGCGGCUGAAAGCAAAAGGAAACACCGCAGUUUUGAGCUCAGGAGUUGUCAGACUACUUUUAAUACAGUUGGAGUGGACACUUGCAAUUUUCGAGGAUGUUUUCAAUCGGGGAGACGAUGGAGUUUCUAAUGGGAAACCCCUUUUCAACGCCCGUCGGUCAGAGAAUCGAGCGAGCGACCAGCGGCUCUCUACAGUCAGAGGACUGGGGGCUCAACAUGGAGAUAUGUGACAUCAUCAACGAGACAGAUGAGGGGCCAAGAGACGCUGUCAAGGCUAUUAAGAAGAGAAUUGUUGGAAACAAGAACUUCAGAGAGAUCAUGUUGGCCCUUACUGUUCUUGAGACCUGUGUGAAGAACUGUGGCCAACGCUUCCACGUUCUUGUGGCGUCGCAGGAGUUUGUUGAAGGAGUUUUGGUCCGCUCCAUUCUGCCCAAAUACAACCCUCCCACUGCCCUCCAUGACAGAGUGCUCAGCCUCAUACAGUCAUGGGCUGAUGCAUUUCGUAGCACUCCCUCCCUAGCAGGGGUGGUGUACGUAUAUGAUGACCUGAGGAGACGUGGUCUAGAGUUCCCCAUGACAGAUCUGGAUGCUCUGUCCCCCAUCCACACUCCAAAUAGGAGUAUCCCAGAAAAUGGGACUGCUGAGACGACCCCUGCUGCUGCUCCCACACAGCAGUCACAACCACAAGCACCUUCCAGUGUUCCCACUCAGAAUACUUUACCCCCAGUCGAGUCCAGUGAGGAGCCAGCCUCCCUCUCUGCAGAACAGGAACAGAAGCUGCGAAGUGAGCUGGCGCUGGUGAAGGGAAAUCUCACUGUGAUGUCAGAAAUGCUGAAUGAGUUAAUACCUGGACAGAGCAAGCAAGAUGAUACAGAGCUGCUACAGCAACUGUACUCGAUGUGUAAGAGUAUGCAGACUCGAGUGGUGGAGCUCAUCCCCCAGCUGCUGGAUGAAGGGUUUAUUGAAGAGCUGCUCGUGGUCAACGAUGACCUCAACAACGCCUUCAUCCGCUAUGAGAGGUUUGACAGACUGAACAAGGCACAAAUUCCAAAUACUCAACAGAGCUCUACCACAAGCCCAAGCCUCAUCGACCUCAGCCCUGAGCCAUCAACUCUCAGCCAACCUGCUGUCAUCGCAACAACCAGCCAACCAGCAGUCAGUACCGGGGCCAAUCAACAGCAAUCAGCCAACCACAAAGAGGAGGAGGAGUUUGACAUGUUUGCCCAGACGAGAGGCAGCUCCCUGGCUGAGCAGAGGAAAAGUGUUCGGUAUGAGGACCCGGGAGCUGUGGAGGGCCUUGCUGGAGCUCUGGAUACGAGGUUGCAGGUCACAGGAGGGAUGCCACCAGCGAAAAACUCUCUGCAGAAUGAUGUUGACAAAUGGUUAACUUGUGAUAUGGAAGACCAUUCUUCAGUUAGUGAAGGAGUGUCCAGUGAAGAGUUUGAUAAGUUUCUGGAAGAUCGGGCGAAGGCAUCAGACCAAGGCGGGCAGGCAGUUCGCAGCGGGCCACCCUCCACAUCCAGACCACCGCCACAGUCUACCCGGCAACAGGACCGAUCACAUGACCAGCUUUUUUCACUUUGAGUUUGAGGAGAAACAAGAGAAGCGGGUGGAUGUAGAGGUCAACACACACACGCAAUCAUAUUGAAAUACCUACAAUCACACACAUGCUGUGUCAAAAGGAAACUUUGGUAUUUUUCAACCUGGACCCUAUUUUCAUUGUAUGUCUAUUAAAAUUGUUUUUGCCACUGA